GAGUUAAGGACCAAAGAGCUUUUAUACUGAAAGGUUAAAGGGAAGACUGGGAUUCUUGAUGCGAACUUUUCACACAGCUCACUCUCACCGCAGCCGUCAGACACAUCAAGUAGAAGCGUAACUUUAGUUUUGGACUUUUUUUUAUCCCAAACGGGACCGCCCAGUGUUCUGUUGGGCCUUGACUUGUUUGCGCCGUGCCGCUUUGCAUCGCUUAGUCCCACGGCAACCCUUCUCAGCCUUUCAUAGCCAGGCAGCGGAAGUGAAAGAAGUGGGGAAGUUGCUUGCUUGGGUUGGGGAUGUAGGGGUGUGUGGGGGGGAGAAAAAGAACAACAAACUCAAGAGGAUUUUUCCCCCCCUCCUCUGCUGUCAAAUUUGGAUUACCUGGGGCUGGGGGGUGGGGGUGAGGCUCGAGUCCCUGGAGCCCGGCCGGGGGCAUGGACACUCACACUAAGGAGGGACAACUUUACGUGCAGCAUCAAAAGUUUGGCAAGAAAUGGAAGAAGAACUGGUUCGUCCUCUAUCCGGCCAGCCAAAACGGAAUCGCGCGCCUGGAGUUCUUCGACGCGGCCGGGUCGGGAGGCGCGGCCGGCGGCAAUUCAAACGAGAAGACCAGAAAGCUCGACAAGAAGAUUAUCCGCUUGUCCGAGUGCAUCUCCAUCCUGCCGGCGCUGACGGAGAACUGUCCCAAAGACAACAUGGCGGCCUUCUGCGUGGAGACCAACGACAAGACCCACGUGUUUGCUGCUGAGAAGAAAGCCGCCGAGGAGUGGAUGAAUACCAUGUGUGACAUUGCGUUUCAGGGUGGAAGUGGCGGCGGCGGCGGCGGCGGCGCCAACAGGAAUAAUGACGGGGAACCUCAAGACCUGAAAAUGUCAGAGAACCUCAUCUAUUACUCCAGAGAGGAGGCCAACCAGUUCUGGGUGACCAUUCAGCCGACCGAGGCUUCGGACCGCUGCGGGCUGUCGGGCAACUACUGGCUGAAAGCUGAAAGCGACGUCCUGAUCUUGAAAGAGCCCAAGACAAAGAGGGACGUCUUUGUCUGGCCGUAUAAGCUGCUGAGGAGAUACGGUCGAGACCGGGUGAUGUUUUCCUUCGAGUCCGGGCGUCGCUGUGACUCGGGCCCCGGCAACUUCAGCUUUGACACCAAGCAAGGUAACGAGAUCUUUGUCCUGGUGGACCGGGCCAUCAAGUCCCAGAAGGCCCUGGCUGAGGAACGUCCCCUAAGCUGCCCCGUCGACUUUGAGCCAGAGUGCCCGCCCUCGCUGCGGCACGUACGCGACGCAGCUGGCGCCGCGGCACCCGCAAGCGGAGACAGCGGCAGCAGCAGCUGUAACAGCUGGGAGGCCGACGGCGAUUCGGGCGGCAGCAAACCGGGCUCCGCAGACGGUGUGCUCGGGAAAAGGGAGGGAGGAGAUGGCGGCGGGGGGGCGAGAGGGCAAGCGUGCGGCGCCGUCGAUAGACACAAAGGGAGGAGCUUGCCAGAACCGCCGGCGUUACUGGGCUCUGCGAGCGGAGCCGACACACUUCCGUGCUCUCCCAGAGGCCGGGGGACGGCAAAGUGUCCUACCUCACCCGAGCGACGAGCCACUCUUUACUCCGAGCCAGCAGACGCCGUCCGUCUGCCCCCGCAAAAGGCCGACGGCCUCUACUCGGACCCGGUGGACAGCAUCGCGUCGGCGCUGCGAGUUCCAGCCUGUCGCCUGCGUCCGCUGGGUGACGAGUCCUCCGGGGGCGGGGCCCAAGCUCGUGGGGGCGACGACCAGAGGAAAGCCCGGGACCUCUAUUCCCACGUCUAUGACCGCAUCAGCCUGGAGCUCAGCCGUCAGACGGAUGUCUUGCUUCUGAAUGGGGACGGGAGACGCGGCGUGAACGAUAACAUGUCGAACCCCGGAGCUCUGUCCACCCCCCUUCCUUCUCCGGAGCAUAUCUACGAUGAACCGGAGGGUUGCGCCAAAGGAGGAAGGAAGAGGCAGGAGGAAGCGCCGGCCCCCGCGGGACCGGAGCGAGAUUACAGCACCCCUGCCCACGCAAAGUCUCUGGAGUCCCACAAACAUUGGCCCGCCAAUCGUGGAGGGCGACACGUGCCGGCUCCAAGAUGGCCCAAGCCCGUCGCCGCUCCCAAACCCGUCUGGUGCAAUUUUGCUCGGAAGGUGCCCGUACCGUCGCCUCCUGGGAAACUUGGCGAGCCCGAUGACAAUGUGAGCGGCGGCGGCAACGACAACAACAACAACAACUUUAGGGGUGGAAAGGAAAGGGAGCUGUACAGCAUUGUCUCUAAACCUUCCACAUCGUGGUCAAAUCAGUCCAAACCGUCAGCACUGGGCUCACCGGAUACCAUCUAUGACAACUUGGGAAAUAUUUGAACAGUUGCCUUAGUUAGUCUGUAAGUGAUCAAAAGAAGACUUUGUUUUCGGAAGCACACUUGUGUCAUUGUUGGGGUAAAAACGGCGGCGAAAGCGUUGGGACGGUCUCAUCCGUCAGAGACCGAGCAAGCUGUGAGGCGCACGCAAAUGCGUGAGAAAGCCGCUUCCGCUCCCGCCUCCGCCGCUGCCACCGCCGCUGCCACCGCCGCUGUUGCUGCCGCCUUUAGAUUGGGUGCAGCUCCAGCCCAGGACAUUCUCAUUCACGUCAGCGAGUCACAUCACCUUAGCUGCCAUCUAUCCCUUCCUCCAUCCAAGGCACCAAGACAGUGGAAAAUCUUUUGCACGAAUCAUGCAAUGAAUCCUCGUUUGGGUCAAGGAACUUGACCCAAAGCGCGCCAAGCUGCAGCACUCUUACCUCCUUGCAUCUGCUACAUAAGAGCCUUGACUCGCAAUGGAUGUUUACAUACGGAGAUGUCCGCAAAUCUCACGGGCAAUAAAAGAUAUCUGCAAAAGAGAGUGGCACCAACAUCACAGUUACUCUUAGUCAAGGGACUUUAUGAGCAAGUCUGACCUCAUCCUGUGCCACACUCUGUUUUUGUUACUCAGGUGCGUUUCCAAGCACUUCAUGGCACCGUUUAGGCACAGCGCGGCGCCUUUCGUCCCUACUUUCUUCUCCUUCGUUUGGCUCGUCGGGUCGCCACAGCGUCAGUUAACCGCGAGCAGUUUGACAAAGGCAGAUGGAACGUGAGGCGGAAAGACGAGGGAGGCUCCGCCCGAGCGGGACCGACGACAAUGGACACUUUGUGCGGCGCAUACGCAAGGCCACACCGCACGAGAAAGGAUGCCGGCGUGCGGCGGUCGGUUUGCGAAACGGGGACUGACCGUUCCCUUCCCUGCUCUGUUUCUCUGUCCCGCUCAUCUCUCGGCUUUGUCCGAUGUCCUCGAUUGCUCGGUGAGCUUCUUUGCGAGCGCCUCCGCAGAAGCCCACGUGGCAUUUUUAAGGCACUUCACUCCACUGUCUGGCAAGCUGACGGAACAAAUGCAAAUACACGAUGAGGCGAGGAAAUAGUCUGUGCAUGUUCCAGGGUUCCGUUUGGGGCCAUUUGACGACGUCCCAUUUGUUCAACUUAACUGCUCUUUGGAAUGAGCACAUGCGACUUGUAUUUUUAGCACUGCACGGCAGCGGCGUCAUUGCGUCUGUCUCUCAAGUUCCAUUUGCUUUGUUUCGGCUCUCUGUCAUAGUCAUUUCAUUUUGCUUCUUUGAGGACGCAGACUACUUUUUUUUUUUUUUUUAAC